AUGGUUAGACCUCCCGGUUUCCAAGGACAAAGGUCUUUCAACAGCCCCCAAAAGUCUAGCUUAGAAAAUUUGCUGGAAAAUUUUGUGUUGACUCAAACCAAACAAAAUGAGGAAUUUAAAAAUCAAAACCAGUCAAUGAAUGAAGCACUUAGGCAGUUAGCAUCUAAGGUAGAUUCCAUGGCCACACACAAUAAAAUGUUGGAAACACAAAUCACCCAAGUGGCUCAACAAGUUGUUUUAUCCUCUAGAUUUCCCAGUGUAUUCCCAGGGCAGCCUGAACCUGGCCCCAAGGGACAAUUAAAUGUUGUCACCUUAAUAAACGGAAAACAAUUAGAGGAACCCAAGCGUAGUGAUGUGGAAGUGAAUGUUAGGGAUGAGAGUGAAAGAACCCAACCAUCAAGUGAAAGAGUAGAUGAGGAAAAAGAAAAACCACCCAUACCAUUUCCCAAAAGAUUUUCUAAGGCUAAAAUUGUGGAGCAAUUUAAAAAUUCCAUAAUUCAAAAUAAAUUGCCUCCCAAACUUAAAGACCCUGGAAGUUUUUCUAUUCCUUGUGUUAUUGGUGAUAUGAAUUUUGAAUGUGCUUUGCGGGAUGUUGGGGCUAGUGUAAGCCUCAUGCAUUUGUCAGUUUGUAAGAAGCUUGAUGUGGGUGAGUUAAAGCCCACAAACAUUUCCUUACAGGUAGUUGAUCGAUCUGUCAAGUAUCCGGUGGGAAUAUUAGAGGAUAUUCCUAUAAAAGUAGGACAAUUGUUUAUACCGGCGGAUUUUGUGGUGUUGGAAAUGGAUGAGGACUCCCAAGAGUGUCCUUUAGGACCACUCUCACAAGAUGGGUUGGUAGCAUGUUUGAUUGUAAGCACAAGUCAUGAAGACUUGGCAAAGGAAGCUGAUGCAUAUGCUAACUUGUUGGAUGAAUAUCCUUAUCUUCCAAACUUAAAUUUUAAGGAAUUAGCAGUAGAAAAUUCAGCACCUCUCCCAAAAAAGGCUCAACAGGCAGAACUUAAGCCUUUGCCCUCAAAUCUCAAGUAUGCAUUCCUUGGCAAAAAUUCUACAUUACCUGUCAUUCUAAGUGCUGAAUUAAAUUCUAACACCCCGAUUUAUAACAGCGCGAGUGUAUUUUAA